AUGACAAAGGGAUGGCAGAAUAUACAAACAAAGAUGCUCAAGGCGCAGAAAACGACACCUUCUACUGUAUUCAUCGGCAGUCCCUCGCCAGCUCGAUCGAUGGGCACUUCAUUACCGGGGAAGACGGCGGAAACGAGGGAGUUGGAAGAUAGUGAGAAUCAUAACAUCAUUCAACUUCAUCAAAUGAGACACCCAGAUGAACGCCACGGUGAAAAAGAAAACGAAUUUCUAGCGAUAGUCUCAAGCGGAAUCGCAUCUGAAGUCGAAGACUUCCUCGAAAACAACAACGACGACUUUGACACGAGCUGCAAAGAUGAGCUUGGCCGAAGCGCUCUCUUUAUCGCCGCUGAUGCUAAUAAUAUGGCGAUGGUAGAAGUCCUGGUCAAAUUUGAAAUCGCGAUGAUUGACACGCUGCUCUACGCGAUUAGGAAGCAAAACGUCUCCGUGGUGAAAAUGAUCUUGAUUCAGAUGAAGGCACAGAAAAAAAUGUGCAAGCAUCUGUCGACAAAUACUGGUCCGACCGAGUCCGACUACGACUCCGAAAUGACGCCCAUCAUCCUCGCCGCGCACGUCAACAACUACGAGAUCCUAAAACUGCUCCUCUUCGAGGGCACAAGUCUGAAAAGACCGCACGAUGUUCGCUGCGGCUGCGAAGUGUGCAUCAGUCAAAUGUCAAAAGACUCGCUUAGAUUUUCCAAAUCGCGGUUGAAUCUUUACAAAGCUCUCGCUUGUCCGUACUUGAUUGCGCUCAGCUCUGAGUUUCCCAUCAGAACGGCGUUCAAGCUCAGCUUCGAGUUGAGAGAGCUGAGCCAGGUGGAGAAUGAAUUCAGGAGCGAUUAUGAAGAGCUUUCUGUUCAAUGCGAGAUUUUCGCGAAAGAAGUCCUCGACCAAACCCGCAGCAGCAAGGAACUUCAAACAAUCCUCAACUACUCAGACGAAACCGACGCCCUCCCAAACAGCGGAAUUCUUUCAGCCCUUCGGCUAGCCGUCCAUUUCAAUCAAAAACACUUCGUCGCUCAGCCCAACUGCCAGCAACUCGUUUCAACUCUUUGGUACGAAGGCGUUUAUGGCUGGAGGCGAAUGCAUUGGGGACUGAAGUUGCUCUACUCGCUGCUCAUCGGGCUAUUUUGGCCAAUGCUCUGCAUUAUUCACAUUCUCUUUCCAAAAUCAUCCGCUGGACAGCUGAUUUGUCGACCGUUUAUGAAAUUUAUCGUCGGGACCGCUUCCUAUCUCACGUUUCUUGCUCUCCUUGUCCUCGCCUCGCAAGUCAAAGUCGACCAUGCAGGGGACGAUCCCGGACCUCCACCAUCAACAAUCGAAUGGAUUCUCCUUCCUUGGAUAAUUUCCCUGAUCGCCGCGGAAAUCGGACAGCUUUGGUCUGGCGGCGCAAAUGAUUACGUCAACGACAGAUGGAACGUCAUGGACUUCUUCAUGAAUUCUUUGUACCUCGCUACGAUUUCAACGAAACUCUGCGCCUACUUGCUCCACAAAGAUAUUCCCCACGAUCAUCGACUGAGCAGAGUGGAGUGGGACCCGCUUCACCCAACACUCAUUUCAGAGGCGCUCUUUUCUGUUGCGAAUAUUUUCAGUUUUCUUCGACUCAUUUAUCUUUUUAACUCGAAUGUGCACAUGGGCCCGAUUCAAAUCUCCCUCGGACGGAUGUUGUUUGACAUCUCAAAAUUCCUCAUGAUCUGGUUCCUCGUCCUUUUUGCCUUCGCCAAUGGGCUGAACCAACUGUACUACAAAUACGGAAACGCGGGUAUCUACACUGGCGACAGUCCGCACAAAGUCGUUCACGAAUACGAAGUUCACGAGGGCCACCGAACUUAUGGAAACACGACGGUUUGUUACGGCCUCAUGUGCGAAAAGCAAAAUAAUGCGUUUUCGACGCUUUUUCAUGCGAUGGAAUCGCUUUACUGGAGCUGCUUCGGUCUUGUGAACUUAUAUGUCACAGACCUUGAGCCAGAGCAUUUUAUCACGAAAUGGGUUGGCGCGACUAUGUUCGGAGUCUACAACCUGAUCAAUGUCAUCGUCUUGAUCAAUGUACUCAUCGCAAUGAUGAACAAUUCCUACCAAUUCAUCGCUGAUCACGCCGAUAUUGAAUGGAAAUUCGCGAGGUCAAAGCUUUGGCUAACUUAUUUUGAAGAAUCAAGUCCGUUGCCGCCACCCUUCAACAUCAUUCCAACAUCUGAGCCAAUCUAUGAUCUCUUUGAAACAUUCAUCGGAAAGUCCUGGUGGCCUGACAACAACGCUGCUCGAGUAAACAAUGAAACUACACCUUCUGAAAGCCAACGAGUCUACCAAGAGGUCAUCCACAAGCUCAUCAGGCGAUACAUUCAAGCAAAAGUCAACGAAGGACACGAAAAAGAACUUUGA